CUAGUUCCAAUUGCAUUUUCUGCGUUUGUUUUUUUCGGGGGUGUGACGUUUUUCUUGUUGUUUUUGUGCUAUUGUGAAAUAAACCAAACAAUUGUCGAGUUAAAAAGACACUGAUUGUUGUUUUGCGUCGCAGUUCGAACAACGAAAACCAAUCCCAAACAAAGCUUACGCCGGCAAAACCGCGAAAUGCAGGUGGAACCAGCCGACGUCGGCUGUGACGUCACGCAUCGCCAGCAGGAGAAAAACAAAACCAAUGGGAUUUUCUCGACGGCAGUCAGAAGUAAAAAAAACGGGCAACCGAACGGACGGAUCUACACCUCCACGCCGAAGACCUCGCAUCCAAAACUUGAGCACUACGUGGGCGUUGCUGAACCCACGGAAAAGGGGCGAGUGGGCGUGGUGACCGCCCUAGAUCCGCUGAUCAAAAAGGUUGCCCUUCUCUUCGGGGUUCUUAUCAUUGGCUACAAAAGCGUCAUCUUAACCAUGCCAUACAUCACGGGCGAUUCCAUCCAGGUGCUGAGCCACCAGGUGCAGAGUAGGUGGAACGAGACCUUGGUGUGGGCCACCAGUCACCAGCUGGGCUCCAGGCUGAGUCCCCUGCUGUGUGGCCUUCUAGUGGCAGCUUUCGCGUACGGAAUCGUGUACUUAGACAGCGCGGUGCCUGGCGUAAAUCCGCCCUCGCCCUUUACGCCGCGUUCCAAGAAACGUUUCCGCGAGGAGAAGACUGCCUCGAUGCACUUGGGUUACUUGUGCGCCCUGUUCUGCGGAUUUCUGUUUAAUAAGUUCACCAGUAUUAGAGUUUAUACGCCCACUUCGGAAUUUGUAUUUAUUGUAGUCCUUGAAACUGUGCAAUGCUCCUGGAGAGAAUCGUCAGGGGGCAUUUUGAAGCUAACUUAGUUCCUAGGUAUGUCAAUUAUACAUAAGUUACUAACUAUAAAUUAUUCAUGAUUUGUAAACUACAAAAGUACAAAAUGAAACAUUUCACUGUUGAUUGGAGAUCAGGAUCGAAAUGCUUAGGCUAGCAUAUUUAUACCUUAUAAAAAGUACUCUGUCGGCUGGCCUAAAAAUCUCAAGAAAACUGUAUCCUUAAAAAAUAAAUUACUUUUGCACAGUGUUUUGCAUUAAAAUAUA